UGAAUAAUGAAAUAUGAAUAAUGAAAUGAUGAUAAUGCUUAAUGAUACAACUCUUUAGUGAGAGAAGACUGAAGAGAGUGUGCGCGUGUAAUGUGACUGCGUGAAGAAGCGUUUUCCAAAUCCACACUUUAUCCUUUUGAAGUUAGUACUUAGUACAGACUAGUAUGUAUGUAUGUAUGAUAGUUCGAAAUUCUGAAAACUGACUGACAUUACAGAAGUUAGAUCCGGUAUGGAGGAAGAUUGUGGUUACGAGGAGUUAUGCUACGGCGAAAAUGGUGUCAAUGCGAGGUCGGUAUCUACGCCAUCGUUAACAGUCUCUGGAUCGUUCAAAGAAGGGAAGAAUUCGCGCCGGAGAGGUUCGGUUAGGCCGAGUUUGGAUGCGGAUGAUUUCAUAAAUUUGUUACAUGGCUCGGAUCCGGUGAGGAUAGAGCUUAAGCGGUUGGAAAAUGAAGUUAGAGAUAAGGAUCGAGAAUUAGGUGAGGCGCAAGCUGAGAUCAAGGCAUUGAGGUUUUCUGAACGACUUCGAGAGAAAGCUGUUGAAGAGCUUACUGAGGAAUUGACAAAAGUGGAGGAGAAGCUGAAGUUGACAGAAUCUCUUUUGGAAACCAAAAAUCUGGAAAUAAAGAAACUGAAUGAUGAGAAGAAAGCAUCAAUGGCAGCCCAAUUUGCUGCAGAAGCCACCCUUCGUAGGGUGCAUGCUGCUCAGAAAGAUGAUGAUAUGCCUCCUAUUGAAGCCAUCCUAGCUCCACUAGAGGCUGAACUAAAGCUUGCUCGACAAGAGAUUGCAAAGAUGCAGGAUGAUAACAAGGCAUUAGACCGCCUCACCAAAUCAAAAGAAGCAGCUUUACUCGAAGCGGAAAGGACAGUUCAGGUUGCCUUGGCAAAGGCUUCAAUGGUGGAUGAUCUUCAAAAUAAGAACCAAGAACUGAUGAAACAGUUAGAAAUAUGUCAUGAAGAAAAUAAAAUUUUGGACAAGAUGCAUCGCCAGAAAGUUGCCGAGGUUGAGAAACUAACUCAAACUGUUCGUGAGCUUGAAGAGGCUGUCCUUGCUGGUGGUGCUGCAGCCAAUGCUGUUCGUGAUUAUCAACGCAAAGUUCAAGAGAUGAAUGAGGAAAGAAAAACACUUGACAGAGAGCUAGCCCGUGCAAAAGUGACAGCAAACAGGGUGGCAACAGUGGUAGCUAAUGAAUGGAAAGAUGCCAAUGACAAAGUUAUGCCUGUUAAGCAAUGGCUUGAAGAAAGAAGGUUUCUACAGGGAGAAAUGCAGCAACUGCGAGACAAACUGACCAUUGCCGAAAGAACUUCAAAAUCCGAAGCUCAGCUGAAAGAUAAAUAUCAACUGCGACUCAAAGUCUUGGAGGAAACACUAAGAUCUUCCAACUGUUCAAGUAAUGGACGUCGCCAAUCUCUGGGAGGAGCAGACAACAUUUCCAAAUUAACAUCGAAUGGAAUGUUACCUAAAAGAUCUCCAUCGUUUCAGAUGAGAUCUUCUCCAUCUGCUGGUACUAGUUCAAUUUUGAAACAUGCGAAAGGGACUUCAAAAUCGUUUGAUGGUGGCACGAGAUCCUUAGAUAGGGGUAAAGCACUUUUAAAUGGAAUUAUUCCCACCUUUGAUAUUAGCAGCAAGUCUACAGAAACUAGUAAAGAAGAGAAUUCAGAACAAAAACGAGAUGACAUUGCCUCAGCAGAUAAUACAGAAGAUAGUACUGUUCCAGGAAUUUUAUAUGAUUUACUGCAGAAGGAAGUAAUUUGUUUGAGGAAAUCUGGCCAUGAAAAAGAUCAAAGCCUUAAAGACAAAGACGAUGCCAUAGAGAUGUUGGCUAAGAAAGUAGACACUCUAACUAAGGCUAUGGAGGUUGAGGCAAAGAAGAUGAGGAGGGAGGUAGCUACAAUGGAGAAGGAAGUAGCUGCCAUACGUUCCGAGAAAGAGCAAGAGAAUAGGGCUAAAAGGUUUGGGAACACAAAGGGUCCUGUAAUCAGUUCACAACCUUUGCCUGCAAGAAAUAUAUAACAAGGUGGGGGGUUAUAACUCUCAAAUAACAAGAAGCGAAAGUGUAAUUCUGCAUAAACCUGUAUUUUCUCUCUUAUCUCUUGUAAUAUUUGUGUUGUUUUUGUGUUUCUUGAGUUUGGAGUGAAAGAAGCAUAUAAAAAGAAAGAAAAGAAAAGUAAUGGGAGAUAAUGGUGUGCAUCUGACUUAAUUAGAUUGGUGUAUCCUUCAGCAAAAAAAAAAAAAAGAGGUCUAAAGAAGAAAAGUGGAAGAUAACCAAGUGAUGAGAACUAACAACCCUUUUUUUUUAGCAAGAUUUGCUUUUGAGUGGAAAGUAAGUAAUAUUUUUGUGGCUUUUUAUAAGUUUUUUCUCCCCUUCUUCUAUUUUGCUGUUUGUAAUCUUCAACUAGCUAUCACUUUCCAUGGAUUAUCAUAUCAUUUUAUAUGCAAUAUAGAAUAUUUGGGGUUAU